AUGGUGAAGCGCAAGCGCGAUCCCCUUGAGGGUUUUGACCCCAACAAGUCCGACCCCGAGGACGAGAACUUCGACCCCGAAGAGGAGAGGGCUACGAGCCGUAGCAAGAAGUCGCGCUCAUCAAAGGCGAAGUCGUCGCGCAAGAGGUCCAACCGUUACCGGGGCUCCGACAUCACUGACGACAGCGAUGACGUCUUUGAUAGUGAGGAAGACGCAUCGUUUAACGAAAGUGAAGACGAGGAAGACGAGGAUCUUCCUCUGACGUCGACCGGCCGACGAAUGAGAAGAGCUGCCCUCCGCCACGCGUCUUACAAGGAAAGCACUGACGACGGUGAAGAAGAGGAGGGACAGGAAGAAGAAGACGUGAUUAAGGACUCGGAUGACGGCGAGCCUGCCAUGGAGGAUAUCCCGGCUAAGCCCCAGGGUCGUCCCUCGAAAAUCGUCGUCCUGAAAACAAACCCGCGCGCGACUCGGGCAGCCUUGAAUCGUAAUAAAGAAGAACAGCCUGCGCCGACCCCUCGCCCCGUCACUCGGCGCACUAGAGCCCGCACCGAGGAAAUUGAGGAAGAUUUCGUUGAAUUGUCAGCUUCGGGCAGGCACGCUCAGCCGGCGCGAGCUUCUAGAAGUAGGAGCCCGGAAGCCAUGGUCCGGACCACUCGCUCGACUCGCGGCGGAAAGGGCCUCAAGAAAGUUCCUGAGCCAAUCGAGGAAGCCACGCAAGAAACCGAACUCAGAGAGGAGGAUGCUGAAGGCGAGACUAACGAGCUCGCUCUGACUAAGACUGGAGACGAGUCCGAGCAUGCGGGGGGCGAGGACAACGCCGCCCAGACUGAGGAUAUUCCCAUGGAGGACCAGCAGGAAGAGAAGGCAGAGGAGGAAAAUGUACCGGCGGCUGCCGAGGAUGAUGAUGACGAGGAUGAUGCUCCUCGCACGAGACGCUCCACCAGGAGAGCGACUGCGGCUGCUGCUGCUGCCACUGAGGAAGCUGGGGCCGAGACCCAGAACAGUGGCAGAGGCCGUCGCCUGACCCGUGGUCGCAGCAGAAAGGCCCAGGAGCCCAGCAGCGAUUUUGAACCUGUUGAAGAUUCCGACGAAAACGACGGUUCCGAGGGAGAGGCCGAAAAGAACGAUGACGAGGGUGAGAAUGAAUCCACCCCGACCCCUCGCGGGCGCCGCACUCGUGGCCGUAGCAGACGAAGCCGUCGCCGUGACUCUUCCGACGAUGACGAAAUCGAAAUUGACAAGGAUGAACUGGCAGAGGAACUUGAGGAGCUCCGUGCAUCCAGCACAUCACGGCGCCGUCGCACCCGUCGUCGGUCUCCUUCCAUUCAGUACGAGGAGCGCAUCACCAAGAAGCGCCGCACCAAGCCUGUCGACUACAGCAUUCCGCCCAUUGAUGCUGUCCUUUUGGCUGAGGAAGAAGAUGAGGACGAGCCGCCGGCGGCUACUCCUGCAAGAAAUCGCAGGGGAGGCAGAGGUGCCAGCAGCAGCGUCUGGGAGCGCGCUCUCAACACUACUUAUGGGCCCUUUGGUGGCGGCGGCGGUCCUGGUGCCCUGCUUGGCGGUCCCUGGGGUACCGGCGCCACCGCCGGCGUGGACUCGGACAGCAGCGACGACGAGAUGGCCGGUCGCACUGUCGGCAUGACGCCUACCACGACCGGUCCGGCUGUUGGCUUGUUCAACCCUGUCGGCGCUGAUGGCAUCGCCGCCACGCCGCAGGUUGGCAGGGUCAAGAACCAGAAAAUGUUUGCCGACGCUGACCCUCUCGGUGUCGACAUGACUGUCGAUUUCAGUAAGGUCGGUGGUUUAGACAACCACAUUAACCAACUCAAGGAGAUGGUUCAGCUUCCUCUGCUGUACCCUGAGCUGUUCCAGAAGUUCCACGUCACUCCUCCUCGUGGUGUUCUGUUCCAUGGUCCUCCCGGUACCGGUAAAACUCUUCUUGCAAGAGCCCUGGCUAAUUCGGUCGGCGCCGGUGGCCGCCGGAUCAGCUUCUACAUGCGCAAGGGUGCCGAUGCUCUGAGCAAGUGGGUUGGUGAAGCCGAGAAGCAGCUCAGGCUGCUGUUUGAGGAAGCGAAGAGGACCCAGCCCAGUAUCAUCUUUUUCGACGAGAUCGAUGGCCUUGCACCUGUCCGGUCUAGCAAGCAGGAACAGAUUCAUGCCAGCAUCGUCUCCACCUUGCUGGCCUUGAUGGAUGGCAUGGACAACCGCGGUCAGGUCAUCGUCAUCGGUGCCACCAACCGUCCGGAUAAUAUUGAUCCCGCUUUGCGUCGUCCCGGUCGCUUUGACAGAGAGUUCUACUUUCCCCUGCCUGACCUCGAAGCGCGUCGCGCUAUCAUCGACAUCCAUACUCGAGACUGGGGUCUUUCUGAUGAGUUCAAGAAUGCGCUGGCUGAGAAUACCAAGGGCUAUGGUGGUGCCGAUCUUCGGGCCCUGUGCACCGAGGCUGCUCUCAACGCGAUCCAGAGGACCUAUCCGCAAAUCUACAGGUCUAAGGAAAAGCUCGUGGUGGACCCCGAUAAGAUCCAGAUCACGGCAACCGAUUUCAUGAUCUCCGUCAAGAGGAUGAUCCCCUCAUCGGAGAGAUCGACCGCGUCAUCUGCUACCCCCUUGCCCAAGCUUGUUGAGCCGCUUCUUAAGAACCAGUAUCAGGCCAUCCUCCGGGUUCUUGACAACAUCCUGCCCCGUCAGAAGAAGAUUACCGCCUUGGAGGAGGCCGAGUACGAACCUAUCGAAGAUGCUGACCACGGCUUCGGCAGAGAGGCUAUGGCUCAAGAGUUCGAGCGUUGCCGCAUCUUCCGUCCUCGCCUUCUUAUUACUGGCCACCCUGGCAUGGGCCAAGCCUACCUGGCAGCUGCCGUAUUACACCAUCUGGAAGGUGUUCAUGUUCAGACUAUGGACCUGGGGAGUCUCAUGGGUGAUGGCAGACCCCUUGAGCAGGUCAUUGUGAGCAAAUUUGUCGAAGUGAAGCGGCACAAGCCGGGUGUCAUCUUCAUCCCUGAGGUUGAUGUCUGGUGGAACAGCAUGACCGAUGUGGCGAUCACAACCUUCAUCAGCAUGCUGAGGAGCAUUCCUCCUUCUGAUCCUAUCCUGCUCCUGGCGACCGCGCAGUGCCCGCCUGCUGAAUUGCCGAUUGAGAUCCUCCGCGAUCUGUUUGGCUUUUCGAAGAAGAACCGUGUCGUAAUUGAGAAGCCUACAAGGAAUAACCGUCUCGAGUUCUUCUCCAAUAUCAUCGAUCAUAUCAGGAAGUUGCCUCCUGAGUUCCCCGAUCCUGCUAAUCGCAAGAAGCGCGUGCUUGAAGAUCUUCCUGUCGCUCCUCCUCCGCCGCCGAGGACGCUCACGAAGGAAGAAAUCAGAGCCCAGCGCAAACAAGAUUUGCAUCACCUUAACCUGCUGAAGAUGCGCUUGCAGCCCAUCAUGGACCAAAUCAACCGCAAGUACCGGAAGUUCAGGCAGCCCGUCAUUCCCCUCAGCCAAAUUCAGUAUCUGUUUGAGGAGGCCGAUCCGAACUACGUGCGUCCCGACAUCGAGGAUGACUCCAGCCGGCCAUAUGAGAUUGCUACCGACAAAGAGGGAGUUCCGGGUAUUCGUGAGAAGGCCACGGGCAAGUUCUUCUACAAUCUCGAGACUACGACGAUCGAGGAGCGUCUGGCCAAUGGCUACUACGCCCGGCCAAUUGACUUCUACAAGGACAUCAACCGACUCUAUCUCGACGCCAAGAACAUCGGUGAUCGCGACAGGGCCCUCAAGGCUAACGAGCUCCGCACGAAUGUUGAAGUCGACGUCCACGACAUUGCUAUCAGCCUGGCAAGCAUGGGCAUCAAGUUCGACGAGAUCUAUGAGAGACAGCUUCAGCGGGCCAGGGAGGCCGAAGAGAGGGCUCGCAAGAAGGCGGCCUUGCAGCAGGUCGUCGACAAAGUCCAGUCUGAGAUUAUGGGUGACGCAGACGCAGACGGGGACAGUGACUCUCAGGGCCCAGUUGGUAUGGGCUUAUCCAUGACGAAAAUGGCCCGUGUGGCCAAUUCCCGUCGAACGACAACGACGGCUGCGACGGCGGCUAGGUUCCAGCCCAUCAUGAGUCCUGAGUCUAAGAGGCAUCAGGACGGUGCGGACUCGCAUCGGUUGACAAACGGGACGUCAUCUACUUCUCGGCAGGAUGGUGAAGACGUUCAUAUGAGUGGCGUCGAUGAUGAGACGCAGCCCUUGUCGUUCCCGCGCGCCGAGAUGUCCUCUCCUGUUCAGUGGCCUCAUUUCGGUCCUCGUACUCACCUUGAGAGCUCGAUGAGGGCAACCCAAGGCACUCAUCUCUCUCAACGAUCUGCCAUCACUACAGUUCCGCCGGGUGUGGCGCCGUCGGCAAUCGCCAAUGAGGCUUCAACUACCAAGACGUCAGAGCUGUCGAGCCAUCGUACGUCUACCGGCUGGGGCACGCAGAAUACUAACGGCACGGCUCACGGCCCUGAGGAGAAUUCCCUUAUCGACACCCAAGAGCAGGGCGUCCAUUUCCAGCAAGCUUCGCAGCCUCUUCUCCCCAGCGGCAGCCAGUCAAGCACAAGCGGCAGCUGGGCUCAUUCCCAGGCAGCUGCCAUUGCAGCAGGUCUUUUGCCCGCCCGCUUGGGCGUGAUGCCCCCUCCUCCCGGCCGUGGCUCUUCAGACAACACCCCGUCCUCCUCACAACAAAACGUCCCUGGCAAACCCUCAGUCACUAGUCUCGGCAACAUCCUUAACCCCGAGGAACACCCCGGCAACGGCAGCGGCAGCGGCGUUGGCCCCAGCCAACCCUCAAACAAUGCACGCGCCUCCCACAACAACAACCAAUCCGGCCCGUCGAGUGGCUCCUCUGCCGGCAGCUUCGCAACACCCCACACCCCGCGCUCUGGGGGAGGAGCUCCUUCAGCGGGUAUCCCAGCCAAUCUGGUUGGUGCCCUCCGCGCCUCAGGCCGCUCCAUCGUCUCCUCGCAACAAGCAGUCAUCCAUGAGGGCCUUCUUGAAGAAUUCCGACAAACCCUCGCCGAGCGCACAGUGGGCUGCAGCGUCGAGCAGCUCGAACAGAUCUACCGCGAGCUGAUGGACGUGAUCUGGCACACGCGGCACGAGUGGAACCGCAUGGCGGUUUUGAGCACGCUCACGUCUGUGUUUAAUGAUACCAUUGAGGAUAUCCAGCUUGUGCAGGGCGAGUUGGUUGGUAGUGAGAAGAAGAAGGAGCAUGAGCACAGAACGGCUGCGUUGAUGGCUGCGGCUGCCAAGGCGGCUGAAGAGGCUGGUCAGGGGCUGGCGCAGUUGAUGGAGAAGAUGCAGGCACAGGGGCAGGUGCAGCAGAGCGAUGGGAGUCAGGCGGAUGUCGUGUUGGAGAGUGUGGAAGGGCUUGGUGGUGUUGCGGCAGUUGCUCCAGCCACAGCUGCUAGUGCAGGUGCUAGUGAGCAGGGUCGGGUUCAAGGUAAAGGUCAGAGCAGUCAGCGCCAGAGUAGUCAAGGCCAGAGCCAGGAACAGAGUCAAGGUCGGAGUCGCGGGAAGGAUGACGAGCCGUGGGUGUAUUUGAGAGGGGAUAUGGUGGCUUGA